GACGAGUCGCGUUUUUCUCUGCGCGAUCAUACUUCCGACAAGACUCACAAGUCUCUGUACGGCGAGGUGGUCAUCCUUCGAGAUUUUCGUCGUGCACCGCUACUACUCCUUUACGGCGAAAAAAACGGCCUUAAGGCUUACAUCUUCACUGUCCUUCUUUUCUUCCACAUAGAUUGCUUGGAUGGCUGAAGAGCUCGACUAUGAGGCACUCCCAUCUGACACUAGCGUUGGGGUUAACAUGCUCGCCGGAGCUCUGGCUGGUAUCACAGAGCACGCGGUCAUGUUCCCAAUAGACAGCAUAAAAACACGAAUGCAAGUAUUCGCCACGUCACCUGCUGCUGUUUACACAGGGAUCGGAAAUGCAUUUACUCGGAUAUCAUCUACGGAAGGCAUGCGAGCUCUAUGGCGAGGUGUCUCUUCAGUGAUAUUGGGUGCGGGACCAGCCCAUGCAGUCCACUUUGGGACGUAUGAGGCGAUGAAGGAAUUAGCGGGUGGCAAUGCUGCCGGAAAUCAAUGGCUUGCAACAUCACUGGCAGGUGCAUCCGCCACCAUUGCUAGCGAUGCCCUCAUGAACCCCUUCGACGUCAUCAAGCAACGCAUGCAGGUGCACCAGUCGGAGUUCCGUUCCGUGUUUACUGCAUUGCGGGUCGUGUACCAGACAGAAGGCCUCGCCGCGUUCUAUGUCUCGUAUCCCACAACUCUAACGAUGUCAGUCCCAUUCACGGCCGUGCAAUUCACAGUCUAUGAGCACAUGAAAAAACUUUUAAAUCCAUCGGGCGACUACUCGCCAAUCACGCAUAUGAUCGCAGGUGGUAUGGCGGGCGGUGUGGCCGCAGGCGUCACCACUCCUUUGGAUGUUGCGAAAACCCUUUUGCAGACCAGAGGCUCAUCACAUGAUUCCGAGAUUCGAAGAGUUGGGGGAAUGUUGGAUGCACUUCGUAUAAUAUGGAGGAGAGACGGAAUAAGAGGGUUUGGACGGGGAAUGUCGCCACGAGUUUUGACGCACAUGCCCAGUAACGCGUUAUGUUGGCUAUCUUACGAGUUUUUCAAGGUUGCUAUUCGCGAGCAAUCAUAGAGUCGCCCCAUAGACAGUAAGGCACGGACCGUAUUUGCAUGAUGUCACUCUGGUGUCAUUUCAUCACUACCGUUACAUUACUAUCAGCUUAUUCCAGUCAGUUGCUAUAUAACACUGACAGUGUUGAGAGAUCCGCAUGCUCCUGCAUAGACCUGUCAGAUCUGGAGGUUCAGCACAAGACCAGUGAGAAUUCUGUAGAUUGAGUUCAGUUUGCC